AUGCUAAAAACCAAAAUAACAGAAAACCCAGAGAGAAUUAUAAGAAGAUCCACAACUCCACAAUCCAAGAUUCGACAAUCUGAAAGUUUUUCAAUUUUAAAUCCUAGAUCUGAAACUCCCUCCAGAAUGACAUUUGCUUCAGAAAAAUACCAUCAAAGAAGCACAGUUUUUGAUUCCACAUUUGAGCAAUCAUCAAUUGACCAAGGUCGUGUAACCCCAUCUCAUAUAAGAACAAAUUUAAGCAGAUCUCCCACAAGGCUAAGAGAAACAAGAACUUUUGCGUCAACUGUAUUUUUACCUCCUGAGCCAGCCGGCUUAACGGUAAGUCCAUACAAGCCUAAAGAUCACAGCGUUCAUGAUUUAUUUGGAAAUGAAGAAACAGACUGGUUCUGCAAAAAGAACACAAUUCGUAGCUAUGAGCCAAAUUUCCAGCCGAAAUAUAAAGAAAUCAACCCAUCAAGCACCAAAAAUCAAGAUAUGUAUGGAAAAGCUUCAGAUUUUUGUAUUCCAAAAGGCGAAUUGGAAGAAAUUCUCCCUUCAAAUUUGACUGCAAAAGAUGUUUAUGUGAAUCGGCACCCAACUGAUCGAGAUAUGAGCCCUUCAAUAAGAAAAUCCUUUGAUACAGUUUCUCAAAUUUUCCCUAAAUCUGUAAAAGGAAAGGAAAAUGAGCAACAAAAUAUAGUCAAAAUUCCAGAAAAACCAGAGAAUAGCAUCAAACUUGUUAAUGAAGACGAAUAAUUUAAAUAUGGCGUCUCACGGCCAUACAUCCUCGACUCAUAUUUUAAUUAUAUCCGGCAAGGUUUUUUCUAGCUUUAAGAUGGACAGCAAUGCUAUGGUAACCAAUUCUGCAGGUGGCGGAGCCUAGCCCAAGUCCAACCUCGAGACUGGUUUUUACCUCGAAGGAAAGGAGGGUUCAGAUUUGGAAAGGGCAAGCCCAGCAAGGUCUACAGGCAAUCCCUAGACCAAUCGAGCAACUACCUAGCGUGAAACUGAGCGUUACGUCCCAGGAUCUGAACUUCAACCUUUGCCGAUAGGCUACCAGAAAUUCCAUUUUUUGGAAUUUCGUAAUGCCAACUUCGUAAUCUCUCAGCCUUAGGAGGCCGCACAAACCCGUAGACUGCCCACUCAACACUGGAGUCUUUUACAAGAGGCAAGGAGGAGACCCGACGGAAGGAAGGUCGCAAAGCGGUUCAAGGGAUCCUCAGUGAUUGCGUUAAAAUUAAGGGCAUGAGCCCGUCUACAUAAUGUAAUGUAAUGUUAAUGAAGACGACGAAAAAAUUUUUAAAAAAUCCAGAGAGCAUAAUUCAGUGACUCCAAAACUGAAAAGAUCAGCUAAAUUUGAAGAAUCUCUAAGCUCAUCAUCUAGAAUCCGAUUAAUCAAAAAAUCAAAAGAUGUUGAAAAAAGCGCGGAAAGAGAAAUCGUGCCAAAAGUAACUAAAGAAAACCUUGAAGAGCCAAAAGAAGAAAUCAAGCCAAUUCCAAAAUCCCAAAGCCACAAUUUUCCAGUAGUAAACAUAAGCGCAAAAGAGCUUAAAAAAAGAGAGCUGAAUCUUACAAAUAUAGAAUACAUAAAAGAUGAAAGCCGCCUCGAAGAUUUUGAGAUAUCUGGACUAACCCCAAAUACAGAUGAAAGGGCUAUUCGUGAUCUUUGUAAAGGCGUUCAUGUAGUAAAUAUAACCCCAAAAUACAACAAUAUAACCGGAGAAUGUGCUGGGUCAGCAAUCUUAUCAGUCCGAUACCAGCCUCAGUAUAAAUCCAUUGAAAACCUACAAUUGAAUUGCAUAGAGAAAGGUCUGAAUUUAUCAGCAUCUAAAAAAGAAGUUGGCAAAAAAAAUAAUUAUGCAGAACUCUCAACAAGAAGAUUUUUAGACAAUUUCUUGAAAAGUGAAGAAAAAAGGAUUAUUGAUAAGUAUGCGACGCCAAGAGUGCAAAGGCCAGAUUUGAUAUCUUCUGAUGACGUUUAUGGAAGCAGCCCUGGAGUAGGAAGAAUCAGCUAUUUUACACCAAGAGCGCCUGAUAGGUUUAGAGCUUCUAUGGACUCCUGGAGUAAGGUAAAAAACACUCCUUCAAAAAGUCCUACACGCUCUGUAUCGAAAUCGAGGACUGAAAAUUUCAUGAAAAGCACUGUUUCUUCUUGUAAUAAAGUUAAAAAGGUAUAA